AUGUCAAAUACAACAACGCAUUUGACUCCAGAUGACAUUAUAACACGAGAUGACCUUGCUGAACUUGCAAUAUGGGAAAGUGCCCAAUUUAAUAGUAAUAAUAUAAUUCAUCAGCAUGGUUUUAUUUCAUUAGCUGCUGCAAAUCAAUACCCCAUUUUUAAUUAUCCCACCACAAUAAAUUCAAUUGCAACUCGUCAGUCUAUGUUUUCUGUUCCUCCUCCAACUUCUUCAAUAUCUAGAGUGGCUAUUCCAGGAAGUUUAAUUGAUAAUAAUAAUCAUACUACUAAAAAAGAAUCUGCUAAAUCUUCAUUUAGUAAUGAUGUCCCUAAGAAUAUUUCAACAAAUCAAAAGACUUUAUUGCCAAAACCACUUCAAGAAACACCUACAAUUAAACAAGAUCAAGCAGCAAAAUUAACAGCUGAUGAAGAUAAAAGAAGAAGAAAUACAGCAGCUUCAGCCAGAUUUCGGGUUAAGAAGAAGUUACGUGAAAAGGAGCUUGAGAGAACUGCAAAAGAGAUGACUGCAAGAACAGAAUUACUUGAUGAAAGAGUCAAAGAACUUGAAAUGGAAAAUAAAUGGUUAAGAAAAUUAAUUGUUGAAAAAGAUGCUAAGCUGUUAUCGGAUGUUAUAGAUAAGAAUAAGGAUAAAUAA